CACACGGCAGCGCGCUGCACUCGGGUCGUAGGGACGCUCCCGCAGAGGCUCUGCUCCAGCUCCGUUCCGGCUGCAGCGGUCGUGCCGCUGGCCCCAUUUGGCUCAGAAUCCGGCCCGGGCCCCCUCGGUGCCGCCCGCCCCGGCCUCGGCGCUCGCGGACCAUGUGCCGGGCACCCCCCGAGGAAUCCAGCCGGGCCGAGAGUCCGCAAACACCAGACUCCCGGGCCGGGGCCCCUCCCGCCCGCCCAGCCGGCGGUCCGCGCCCUGCCCUGCGCCCCGGUGCCGCGUGAGCCGGCGAGGCCAUGGAGCGCGCGCCACCCGACGGGCCGCUGAACGCGUCGGGGGCGCUGGCUAGCGAGGCGGCGGCGGCGGCGGCGGCGGCGGGCGGGGCGCGCGGCUUCUCCGCCGCCUGGACCGCGGUGCUGGCCGCGCUCAUGGCGCUGCUCAUCGUGACCACGGUGCUGGGCAACGCGCUGGUCAUGCUCGCCUUCGUGGCUGACUCGAGCCUCCGCACCCAGAACAACUUCUUUCUGCUCAACCUCGCCAUCUCCGACUUCCUCGUGGGGGCCUUCUGCAUCCCACUGUAUGUGCCCUACGUGCUGACUGGCCGCUGGCCCUUUGGCCGGGGCCUGUGCAAGCUGUGGCUGGUGAUGGACUAUCUGCUCUGCACCUCCUCCGUCUUCAACAUCGUGCUCAUCAGCUAUGACCGCUUCCUGUCGGUCACGCGUGCUGUCUCCUACCGGGCCCAGCAGGGCGACACGCGGCAGGCGGUGCGGAAGAUGGUGCUGGUGUGGGUGCUGGCCUUCCUGCUGUACGGGCCGGCCAUCCUGAGCUGGGAGUACCUGUCGGGCGGCAGCUCCAUCCCCGAGGGCCACUGCUAUGCCGAGUUCUUCUACAACUGGUACUUCCUCAUCACGGCCUCCACGCUCGAGUUCUUCACGCCCUUCCUCAGUGUCACUUUCUUCAACCUCAGCAUUUACCUAAACAUCCAGAAGCGCACCCGCGACCGGCUGGACGGGGUGCGGGAGGCGGCCGGCCCGGAGCCCCCACCCGAGGCCCCGGGCUCCCCGCCGGCCGUGUGGGGCUGCUGGGGCUGCUGGCCGACGGGGCGUGGGGAGGCCGUGCCGCUGCACACGUACCGGGGCGGCGAGGCAGGCGAGGCGGCCCUGGGGGGCAGCGGAGGGGGCACCGCGGCCUCGCCCUCCUCCAGCUCAGGCAGCUCCUCUCGAGGCACAGAGCGGCCCCACUCGCUCAAGAGGGGCUCCAAGCCAUCGGCGUCCUCGUCGCUGGAGAAGCGCAUGAAGAUGGCGUCCCAGACCAUCACCCAGCGCUUCCGGCUGUCGCGGGACAAGAAGGUGGCCAAGUCCCUGGCUGUCAUCGUGAGCAUCUUCGGGCUCUGCUGGGCCCCCUACACUCUCCUGAUGAUCAUCCGGGCCGCCUGCCACGGCCACUGCGUCCCCGACUACUGGUACGAGACGUCCUUCUGGCUGCUGUGGGCCAACUCGGCAAUCAACCCCAUCCUCUACCCGCUGUGCCACUACAGCUUCCGCCGCGCCUUCACCAAGCUGCUCUGUCCCCACAAGCUCAAGGCCCAGCCUCACAGCUCCCUAGAGCACUGCUGGAAGUGAGCGGCCCUCCUGGCAUCUUGGGGCCCGGGCUUCCCUGGGCGGCACCCCGGGUGUGAACCAGGCCUUGUCUGCAGCCCACCCGACGUGCCACGGCAGCCUCUUGGGCCAUCUGCCUGCAGCGGAGGCAGCUUGGCGGGCUGGCCAGAGGGGCCCUCGCUGCCUGAGCUGGAAUGUGGGUGGCUCCCCUGCCACUCAGAUGCUAGCCCCACCUCAGGAGGGACAAUCCAGCGCUCUCAGCCUCGAUGCUCACCCCCCACAGUGGGAUAGUGGUGUCCACCCUCUGCACAAUUGCUGCUGGUGUCCUUGCCAAAGCAAACGCCUGCUGUGUGCUCCAGGCUGCUUGACCCAGCGGUCUGCCCCUGCACGCGCACACCUGUCUGUACACACCUGCACACCUUUCCCCGCUCCAAGCCUGGGCCCCCAGCUCUGCUGCCGUCCGUCCCCUGCAUAAGCCUGGGUCCGGCUCCUUCAUUCCUCUUCCCUCCAGCUCUCUCUGCCCCCAAAGUGCCAAGUGGCCCCCAGGAACCUCGCAGCCAUUCUCUGCUUUCCCAUUCUGGAUGUUUCAGGAAGACAAAGAACAAGAAAACACAUCCGUGAACUCGAUGUUCCUUGGAUGUUUAAUCAA